AUGUCCAGGCGAACCCUUGUUACUACUUCAUUUAAAACACCUUAUGUGUCUCUAGAUCUUGUUUCGUUCUUGAAAUCUAGGCAAGUCACACCAUUCCAAAUUUUCAAUGACGUUAUCAUGCCAGAUUUUGAAGGCCACAUAUCCAAAGGAAAUCUCAGCACCAACAAUGAUGAAAAUCAUGAUAUUAAGUCAAAACUACAAGCAAUCCAAAAUGAUCUCAUUUACAUAGGUGAGGCCUGUAAAAGAUUGCAGAUAUGGGAAGAUGAUGUCAACAGUGCCAUCAAAGAAUUAGCUCUCCAAAGCUUAGAUGACGCCUUCAAAGAAAGAACAAGUGCACUUGAAAAUUCCGACAGAACAAAUGUUCUUCAGAACAAGCUCGAUAGAACUUGCAGCAUUGUUUCCAGGUUGAAGAAACUUGUUUAUUCACCUUCAGUCAAGUUUAGUUCUGACAACUUACAACUUUCAAAUACCCCUACGAUUGGUAAGGAGCAGCAAAGUUUGAACACUGAGGAUAUCGAGGAAAUCUACAACGGUCUAGAUGAAACGCUGAAGCAAUGCUUCCUCUGUUUCUCAGUAUAUCCUGAAGAUGCUGUAAUAAAGAAGAAGGUUUUAAUCCAUUGGUGGGUUGGGGAGGAGUUCAUAGAGACUUUGAGCAAAGAAGGCAAGACUGCUGAGGAGACCGGGGAUGAGAUAUUCAAACUGUUUGUAGAGAAAAGCCUUAUCCAGCCUGUCUACAAAAUGCGCAGACCAGGGGCAGACAGCUGCAGUAUGAAGCCUACAACUCGUGAAGCUGUGAUCAAGCUGGCAAAGAAAGCCGAAUUCUUUACUGCUCAUACAAAUGGAAAUCCAACAGAUGAGUUAUCUUCCUCUAAGAGGUCAUGCCUGGUAAGAACUGUAGAAGGAUCAAAUAUACGCGAAUUGCCUUUCCAUUUAAGUCAGGAAAAUAUCAAGAGUAUUAUCAAUGUCAGCGACCAUAAUCUUUAUUUCAGAUCAAAGUGGUUCUCCAAGAUUAGAAACAUCAAAGUUCUGCAGCUCGGAAGAUGGCAAAGCUCAGCAGAGCAUCUCAUUGAAGUAGAGGACAGUGAAUUUCUGAAACACUUGAAGAGUAUGAGACUUCUCCGGUACUUGAGCCUCCAAGGAGUCUCUAGAAUCACAGAGCUUCCCUCUUCAAUUUGCAAAGCCCGCAAUCUAAGAAUCCUGAACUUGAAUGGAUGCAGUGACUUGGAAAAACUCCCACACGGGAUAGGCUCACUCAAGAGUCUGACACACUUGAAUAUGCACGAGUGUUACCUAAUAAGCUGCAUGCCCAAGGGACUUGCUUCACUCUCACAACUCCAAGUCCUUGAAGGGUUUGUGAUCAGUAAAUCUAGAUUUGGAGGACAUGACUGUAAGCUAGAGGACUUGUCGAAAUUGGAAAAUCUAAGAAAGCUGAGUAUCCGCAUAGACAUAAAGGAAGCUAAAACAGCAGAAAGAGAGCUUGAUUCUUUGGAAACGUUCAAAAACCUCCGGUCCCUAUCCAUAUCAUGGUCAUACGAUAAUUCUGCAAAUCAAAAUCUCCAGAGGGUUCCCUCCGAGAAGCAGACCCGGAUGGAAAAUAUAACAACACCGCCAUCAAUUGCGUCUGAUUCACCACUGACCUGUGUUUUGGAAAAACUUGAUCUCCAUUACUUCCCUGGAAGUAAUAUGCCAGAUUGGUUGAAACCAAAGCUACUUGGUAAAGUAAAGAAGCUCUAUAUCAAAGGAGGAAAACUAUCAGAUUUUUGUCACAGCAGCGCAAAGUGUGGACAAUGGACAAAUGUCCAAAUGGUGCAUCUGAAGUUGUUGGAUGAACUGCAAAUGGAUUGGACAAUGCUGAAAAACCGGUUUCCAAACUUGACGUACUUGGAGAUUUACAAAUGUCCCAAACUAAGUUUCGACCAAUGUGAUGAGAAAGGAGUUUGGAAAAGGGCAGAUUGA